UUCGGAGGUUAUAUCAAAGAGGUGACUGCAUUACUUUUAAGUUUCCGUGCUUAUUACCGACUGUGGAUGUUAAUAAUCGGAUAGUGCUUUGAGCUUAUUUAUAUUUAAAUCCCUCAGCAUCACCUAUUGUUAUGGAUUUUAAAGUAUUUAAACAUAGUAUCACUCAACUGUAAUUUAUCCUCCGCAAUGAUAAAUGAAAUAAAUUCCUAAAGUUUUCGCAGUUGCAUGUUCAACUAUGAAUUUAUUUUUAAUUACGUAAUUAUGGUUCGGAGUAGAUCAUCAAAAAAUUCGAAUUCAUCUAUAUAAUUAUACCUUUCUCUUGUUAACCUUUAAGUUUAUUCCAGUUAUUAUUUCUUUUAAGAGUUAUUACGCGGUUAUAUGCUUCCAUUCCUCCAAGCUAAUAAAGAUUUACGCACCAUGCAGUAGAGUUUGCUACGUAGUAAACGAAAUGAUGUGAUCUAUUUACUAAUAUGUUGUGCACUAACGGUUUUAUGAAAUAUCAUUUAGCAAUGGAAAUUGAUUAACAGUGAUAUAAUGAUGGACCUGGAUAUUUGAAUCAAUUCCAAUGUAGUCUCUAUGUGAGAGGUGGCAAGAUUUUCACAAAGAACUAUUAACUUUUAGGUUUGUAUUUGAUGCUUUUCGAUAACUUGUGUUGUGCUCGCUAAGUUGUGUAGAUAAAUCAUGUAUAUACGAACAGGCUAAAAACCUGGCGAUGGCAAACUCUUCUGCACCUGCCAAGGAAAUUUAUUAAGUCAGAAAAUAGUACCUGUCAAAUGAUUAAACUUUAAGAAUUUUCAACUAAAUCAGCUUAUUACCGAUACAACUGUGCUAAGGUAAUAAUUAAGAAUUUAAGAUUACUUUACCUAGCUUCUUUAACCUCUUCAUAUGCUUGAGAAACAACAGUUGUUGGCAAAAAAAUUACAAGGAGUUCUUUAAGAAAGCAGCUUUUGAUUAAAAACUACAAAAAUUAAGCUCGGCUUAAGUUGAAAAAUAUUUAAACUAGUAGACCUCACUCCAUGGUUAUUUUUUAGUUACUUUCUCCAAGAUCUGUAAUAACGUUCUGUACAAAUGUGGACAAACAGUCAAAAAGAUGUCCUAGAAAGUCAUUUGAACGGAUCUAGUGGACAAAACUUCGUAAAUAACAGCAGCAGUUUAAGCUCAUACGCAACGUCCAAUGAUUCUGAAUCGAGUCCAAUCCUUGAACCAAGGGACUCAAAGUUUGGUACUAAACUAUGGUUAUCAAAAACGGGCCUUAACUGUCCAAUUUGUCAGCAUGAUUUCUGCUUUAGCAUGCUUUUGUGUACUACUGGACAAGAACAAAAUAGCUUAACAGAAAACUCUAUGAAAGUAAUUCGUGAUUUGCAUUCUAGACUUCAUGGUGUUUCACUUGAAUGUACCGUUCUGAGGUCAGAACUUGAAGUCCUUUACAAAGCAUUCAAUUCAAAAUGUCAGGCAGUCAAGAUUUUAACGAAUAAUAAAUUUCAGUCAUCUGAUGAGAAUGGUCAAACGCGAAGUACUGUUUACGCUUCAACUGUUGAAUUGGAAAAGGAAAUAAACAAACUGAAAAUAGACCUUGAAUUAAGUAAAGGUGCUCUGUUAUCACAACAGCAGUCGUCUAAAGCAAAAGUUCAACAAUUAAAUAAUGAAAAUGGGAAUUUAAGAAGACAAUUGGAAAAUUUACAACUUAAAACUGGACAAUUAUUAGAAGAAAAUAUGCAUCUUCUACAGAAGAAUACAAUGUUAGUCUGUUCACCUACAUAUGAAGGAGUAGAAAAAUCACCUGAAAUAACCAAUUCAGAUAAAAGUACCAAGUUUUAUCUGAAUAAAAAUUCACUGGAGAAGUUAGCUGAUCAAGACGUUCCACUUACAUCAGAAGGCAUUCUUUAUGUACUAGAAAAUCAAAUUAAAUCACAAUUUCAUGAUAAAAGAACGUCAUUGCCUGAAAUAAAAACAAAUUUAAAAGAUGCUUCUAUUUCUCAGAAUGGAUUUCAAUUAUUUUUCAGUCGUUUACGUUCAUCUAAAUUAGAUAAGAUUUUAAACGUUCAACAGCAACAAGAACGGUCUCAUAAAUCUUUUUAUAUUGAAAAAGAUAGUCAGUGCGAUUUUAAUUCAUUCAUUCAUCAAAGUCCCGGUAUUCGUGAAAUCUCUGUCCCUUUAAAAUGUUUGUGUGUAAAUGAUUCAGAUGAAGUUUGUGAAUGCGCUCGAACUACUGUUAAUGUUCAACGACAACUUUUACAGUAUAAGUGCCAGCUUUCUGAAAUGACAAAAAAAAUCAAACAACUUGAACUAUCUGAAGACGCCCAUCGACACGCAUUAAAAGAACAAUACGAAAGAAACAAACACAUGUCUGUUCAACUGACUGGAAUUCUCCCAUACACAUCUGAAGAAUUAUUGAACUCUCCAAAUUGUGCAUUAUCUUCUCAGUGUUCACCAACAGUAAGGAAUUCACUCAAAAAAUUCGAUUCUAGAAAAAAUAAAUCAACAAUUUCACAAACAUUAUCCUCUACAGAAUCGUUUCAUAAUUUAUUAUUAUGGUUUCAUAAAAUUUUAAAAGCAAUUUCAAUUUCAUUGAAAAGUUUAUCCUCGUCUGAUAAUCAAUUAAUAUUUGAUCAAGAUAAAAAUAGUUAUAAUGUCAUGGAAUCUAUACACCCUAAAUCGAAAUCUCCAACAUAUAUUAAAAUGUCUACUGGUAAUUCUAUGUCGGAAUGUUUAACACUAUACAAUGAAUCAAAUCGAUGUCAAUAUGAUAAAAAUGCUUCAAUAGAUGGAAUUAAUAAAUUACGUGAUGUUUCAAAUAAAGAACAAAUUAGUUUGGCUACAAAACGAAAAAUAAGUUUGAAAAGCGUUAAGUCUACAUGCACUUCUAUGCUAUCACAAUUAGACGAUCUAACUAUAAGUGAUAAACUUAUUACUUCAGAUAAUCACAUAAAGGGAAUAAAUGAUGAACCGAUUGUACAAAAUCAAACAGUUUAUCCACGUAAAAUUUCCAGAUCAUCUUCUAUUCAUGCAAAACAACUUAAGUCUCGAUGUCGAUCAAUGGAACAUGUUUCAUCGCCGAAAUUUUCUGAGGAUGAAAAUAUAAAUACCACGUUACUGUAUCAGCUUUUACUUCAGAUGAAAAAUGUUGCAGAACUUAUUGAGAAACAAAACCUAAUAUGUGAUAAACGUGUUCGCCGUUCAUCUUCGGUCGUUACAUGAAAUUAUUAACAAGCAAUUCAGUUGGUUUCCUUCUCUAAUGAAAACCGAUUAACAAGUAGUUCCCCAUUACUUAACUUCUGCAAGACUUUAUGUAUAUCACUUCAUUAUUUGCUAAUAAAUGUGUUCCUUAUUCUUGACUCACUUAGUCCUAAACAUUUUUUGCAUGAUUCUCAUAUUUGCAAUUGACUUUACAUUUUAUCAUUUAUUCUUGCAGAUUUGAUUCUCUUAUGUAGAAGUGAUUUUAGCAUGUAUUUUUAUAUUAUUCCACAUGUUAAUUUCAUUAAGAUGGUAUUCAAUCCCUUAAGAUGAUAUGGUAAUUCAGUGGUGAAUGUAUUACUUCACGAAUCUACAAUUUAUUGACAUUUCGCGUGCAUGUGCAAAUUCUAAAUAUGUGCAUCUACUGAAUACUUUUAAGUAGUAUAUAGUUAUUUAGAACAAAACAUGUACAGGUUCGUACACUAUUUUAAAUCAGUACAGUAAAAGGAAGUGACUAAGAGGAAGAAUAACAGUAGCGGAAAAAAUAGGAAGAGGAGGAAUUACUGGAUAAUUCUAAAUUUCGUGGAAUCACUUUAACACAGUAAGAAUAUAACGGACGAUUCAACUGAUCAACGUCAAGAAAAUCAUUAACAAUUAUGUGCAAUAAACAGGCAACUCAGAAAAAAGAUACAAAUUAUUAUUGAAAACUCUGAAACAAACUUCGUCAGGUGGAAAUAUCGAUAACUGCCUGAUCAUAGAUUAAAUACUUCAAAAUCUGGAUCUUCAUUAAUUUGUGUAUUCCGAGAUUUGUACGAAAUGAUUAUGUACAAAUAUUUCUAAAUUGUUUGAGGAAAUGAUGGUUGACGCUUCAUAAUUUCUUGCUUUAAAACCAUCAUGAUGUUAACUUCAAUGCGAUCAUCUUCAUAAUAAAUUAUCUAGAAUAAAGUACUGAUCACAUACACAUAAUAAUCCUUUUUAGUAAUAAUUGCUUUAAAUAAUUCAGCCCACACAAAUUUCAUUACAUCUUAUAAUUCUAACCAAAAUAAACCUCACUAUGGACUGAUG